AAAUGUUUCCAAACGCGCACCGAUGGCGGUGUGAAGCGUUUGGAUGAAGCGCAGGGGGACACCGCUUUGGAUUUUUCAUCACUUUUUUGCGCAUCUUUCUCAUUCUAUGAAUCGUUUUUGGGAUUGAACACAGAAAAGCUAUGGAUUACUCCCUCUGUUUGUUGGUUCUUCUGACGACCGUGUCUGUUUCGCACGGACAAUUCCCAACACCCCAGAUGGUAAAAGACUGGGUGGAGCAGAUUCAAAAAGAGUUGAUCACAUUAACAGACAAAGCCAGUGGAUUGCAGGACCUAAUAGAGAUAUAUAAAAAACACAGAACCCACUUUAGUGUGGAAUCCAACAAUGCCACAGAACUGGUGGCAACAGCUUCAAAGAACAUAGAGCAACUGCUGGCUAACCGCUCUGACGCCCUAAAGAGACUUGCGACUGAGGCUGAAAGGUUACAAAAGGAACAUGAGUGGAGAGUCGACAGUGAUCCCAACAAACUCCUUUACUACAAUGCCAAGGAUGGUAUGAAUAGGACCUCUUUGGAGAAAGAACAAGAGACAGAAGAGGAGAAGAGAAACCGGUUCAUUCCUGACGACUUUGAAAUAGACCCGACCUUUAAACGCCACGUCUCCUACAACACCACUGCCGUCCACAUCCCUACAGACAUAUAUGAAGGCUCCACCAUUAUUUUAAAUGAGCUAAACUGGACAGAUGCCUUGGAUGAUGUUUUCCGGAAAAACAAAGAGGAAGAUGAGUCACUGCUAUGGCAGGUAUUUGGCUCUGCAACUGGACUGGCUCGGUAUUACCCAGCCUCCCCCUGGAUCGACAAGAGAAGUGCGCCUGACAAGAUUGACCUGUAUGACGUACGCAGGCGACCUUGGUACAUUCAGGGGGCGGCGUCACCCAAGGACAUGCUGAUCCUGGUAGAUGCGAGUGGAAGUGUUUCUGGUCUCACCCUUAAACUGAUCAAACAAUCCGUCCACAAGAUGCUGGAGACCCUCUCUGAUGAUGACUUUGUAAACGUGGUUUCUUUCAACAAAACCGCCAAGCCUGUAGCAUGCUUUGAGCACCUGGUGCAGGCCAAUGUGAGGAACAAAAGGAUCCUGAAGGAUGCUGUGCAGAAGCUUAAAGCUGAGGGCAUCACCAACUACACCAGUGGCUUUGAGCUUGCCUUCGCACAGCUUGCACAGGCCAAUGUGUCGAGGGCCAACUGUAACAGGAUUAUAAUGCUGUUCACUGAUGGAGGAGAAGAGAGAGCGGAGGAGAUCUUUCAGAAAUACAACCCUAAGCAAGAGGUGCGCAUUUUUACAUUCUCAGUGGGUCAGCACAGCUACGACAAAGGGCCAAUACAGUGGAUGGCCUGCAAUAAUAAAGGUUACUAUUAUGAGAUUCCAUCUAUUGGGGCCAUUCGGCUGAAUACUCAGGAGUACUUGGAUGUUUUGGGUCGGCCAAUGGUUAAAGCUGACAGCAGGUCCAAGAGGAAAAGCAAGGCUAAGGAAGUUCAGUGGACAAACGUCUACCUGGAUGCACUGGAGCUUGGUCUUGUAAUCACAGGAACUAUGCCCGUCUUCAACAAGACCAAUACAGGCUCAAAGAAGUCACAAAACCAGCUCAUCCUGGGAGUUAUGGCUAUUGAUGUCUCCCUGGAAGAUAUCAAGAGACUUACUCCUCGUUUCACAUUUGGUCCAAAUGGCUACUACUUUGCUAUUGAUCCAAAUGGCUAUGUGUUGCUCCACCCUAAUCUUCAGCCACUGACUGCUAAGUUUGAUGAGCCUGUAACACUCGACUUUCUGGAUGCAGAAUUGGAGAACGACAUCAAAGUGGAGAUAAGAACUAAAAUGAUAAAUGGAAAAACAGGGAAAUACACUAUAUCUACAUUGGUGAAAUCUCAUGAUGAGCGCUACAUUGACCAAGGUCAGAGGACCUACACCUUUGCUCCUGUGAAUGGAACAGACUACAGCCUGGCCUUGGUUCUACCAGACUACAGCAUGAAAUACAUCCGUGCAAAAAUAGGCGACACAAUAACCCAGGCAAAAUGGAAAGAGGUUUCUGAGAGCCUGCUUGCUGACAAUUUUGAUGAAUAUGGGUACACAUUCAUUGCACCAAGAAUGUACUGCACAGACUUAAAGCCUCCUGACAAGGAAACAAACAACACAGAGUUCCUGAUGGACUUUAACAACUAUAUCGAUACAAGGACUCCAAACGAUCCUUCGUGUAAUGUAGAGCUUGUGAACAGACUUCUCCUUGAUGCCGGUAUCACUGCUGAUUUGGUCAAAUUCUGGAAACAGAAUGAGUUUGAACAAGGUAUCGUUGCCAGAUUUGUAGCAACUGAUGGAGGAAUCACUCGCGUCUUCCCAAAAAGUGCAGGGUUGGACUGGAAAGAAGAAGCAGAGACCUACGAGUCAAGUUUCUACAAGCGAAGUUUAGACAAUGAUCUGUACAUGGUCAAACCAACUCGCUACAAUGAAAGUGAUAAAAAUGUCCUUGUGAGCCGAGCAGUAAACCUAAACAUUGAUGGUUUUACACUCAAACCAGCUGUUGUUGGUGUAAAGUUGGACAUCUAUCAAUGGAUGGAGAGCUUCAUCAGCAUCGAGUAUUGGAAGAAUUGCAAAAAUGAGAUCUGCGGCUGUAGGAAAGAUGAUCCGUAUAUACACUGUGUUCUGCUGGAUGAUGGGGGAUUCAUGGUGAUGUCCAAUCAAGUGGACGAUCUCGAUCAGAUCGGCCAGUUCUUUGGCGUCAUUGACCCUGACCUUAUGAGAGCUUUGGUCAACUCGUCACUGUUCACCGCAAAGAGCACCUAUGACUACCAGUCUCUUUGUGAGCCCAAGAGAGAGAGCAAGGCGGCUGCAGGCCUGCGAUCAAUCUAUGUACCCACAAUAGCAGAUAUAUUAAACUUGGGAUGGUGGGCAACAGCUGCAGCCUGGUCAAUUGUGCAACAGCUGCUGGUCAGCAUCACACUCCCAAAUGUUCUGGAUGCAGCUGAAAUGGAUGACACAGAGUCUGAUGCAAUGACUAAGGAGGUGUGCAUUACAGAGCAAACUCAGUACUUCUAUGAAAACAAGGAUUCAUCUUUUGAAGGGUCAUUUGAGUGUGCAAACUCCACCAGGCAAUACCUUGCUGAAAAGGUGCCCAACACAAACCUGGUCUUUAUCAUAAGUGACAGACAACAAGGUGACAGCCAGUCAUUUUGCACGCCCAAGUUAGUACAGGAAGAACAGGCAUCUGAUGGGCCGGAUGCCUGCGAAAUGGCUCUCAGACCUCGCCACAGGAAAGGCCCUAUGAAUUGUUUUGAUCAAACCGAGCACGAGGAGGGCCUUGACUGUGGUGGGGCAUCCAGCCUGAAUCCAUCGAUUUGGCUGAUGGCGAUCAUUCAGGUGGUUUUGCUCUGGGUCGCGACCGACUCCAGGCACCAUGCCAUUCCAUCAUGACCUCAAAGAAAAGAUCCAGCCCAAUAUGUUUGCUCUCUCCAGAUGGACACGGCUACCAGCAUCCAGAGCUGCCACCCAAAGGACACGACGAAAGGCGCUCCAAACAAAAGACAGUCUGAAUUUAUUUAUUAUUCAUGGUUUUCUCAAAGCGUCAUCAUUUUGGGGGGUUGAAAUAAAGCAUUGUUUGUUGAUAAAGGUUAAAAUAAUUUCACACCUGACUGUCUUUUUUUCUUAAGCUGAAAAAAAAAAACACAAAUUGAUUUUGAUAACCAACUUUUUAACUCCAUCUUUUUUCGUUGUCCCCCUGAAAGAUGUCGGACUGCUUUAAAGUGUCAAACAUGGCCUACAUUGCGAGUGGACAGCUUGUUUAUUGCGUAUACUGAGCAGUUUUUUCACCACUGCUAAGAAAAAAAAAAGCUACCUACCCUUUGCAAUAGUAAAAUUUCUUUAGAAAUUAUUUUAAAGUGCUUGUUUAGUUAUUCUUUCUUCAGUUUCAGUUGGAUUUUUUGCAAUAAAAGCAAAGUUUUAAGAGAACACUACAUUCUUAUAGCAUCCAUCACAAAAGUCUUUAGUUUUUACUGACAUAUUCUGCUCGCAGAUUGGAAACCAUGUCCUUUGCAAUAUUUGUUUACAAAACCCAACUCUUCUACUGCCACACAGCACUUCGUUAUGGGUGUGAGUUUUUCGAUUUAAAGCUGUUUUUUGGUCUUUGCUCAGGAGUUGCUUGAAUUUUCCACCUUGAUUUUUUUUUUCUUUUGACUUAAGAAUUGCUCCAGGGUAAACGUGUUGCCAUAAUGCACAUUCACCAAUCUGGACAAUUAGUAUUGGGUCCUCUGCGGCUCAGUUGGCAAAAUUUCUAGUGCCAUCUAGACUGUGUGACUCUAAUCCUCUGUAGACUGUAGCUGCUAAAUGGAGUGUACUGUUGAAUAUAAUAACUUGUUUAUUGGUUGAGUGAAGUGUCUGUUCAGGGUUUGUUUAACAAUAGCAUUUAUAUUUUUCACCGUCACUUCUUAAAUGAAAUUAAUAUCUGCACUGAAAUUUAAAAUACAGCCCAGUUUUACAAACCCUAGGCCCUUUUGUCUUCCUUAAUUGAAGACAUAAAAUGUUGAUUGUUUUUAAUAUUUACAUGCGCAUGAAUGACAAGACAGAACAAGGUAUUUACUUUCACUAUAACUACCAGUUAUAGCAAUUGGUCAAUUUAAUAAAUAAGAUUUGUGUUGUACACUUUUCUUUUUCACUUUUUUUAUAGUCAAGGUACAUAUAUUCCACAUUCUUAACUAUUCUAUUGACUCUUAAUUCUUUAAGAGGGAGCUGAUGUUAUUUGGUAAAUCAUUGUUGUUUUUUUGCCUUGUAUUUGCAUUAUUUACGCACCCUGCAAAGGUAUUCAUAAGCUUUGAACUUUUUUUUUUUUUGUCACAUUACAGAUACAUGCUUCCACGUUUUGGGAAGAUCUCAUGUGAUUUCCCAGCACAAAGUAACACAUGAUGAAAAAAUGUGGCAUGCAUGUUUAUUUAGCACCUUAAAGUCUAUACUUUAUAGAACCGUGUUUUGCUGCAGCCAUGUUGUGAGAAAUUAUUUCACGCUUACACUGCUCGUCCUUUACUUUUUCCUUUUGCCUCCAUCAUUCUUCGCAUUAAUUCUAAUCCGUUUUUCUUAUAUUUACUGGAAAAGAAGCUUUUUCACAUCGUUAUGCCACCACCACCAUGUUUCAUAGAAAGGUUGAUGUCGUAUUGAGAUUUAAAGUGCUUUCUGUACAAAGAUAGACUAUAUGUACUAAUAGUGUUGCACUGGAUUUAAUUUACGGGUAUCGGAGUAGUGUUCUAAACAAAGAACACUACUCCAUUUUUUGGAAUCUUUUUCCUCCCUCUUCAGUUACACGCUACAUUAUAUUAGUAUAUCGCAUACCUCCCUAAUGUAAUGCAUAGAUGUAUGUGAUUUUAUUAGAAAUUGUAAAAAAAAUAAAAAAUCAAGGACUAUGAAUACUUUUUCAAGUUGCUAUAUGCAAUAUAUAUUUAAAGAAAACAUGUAUAUGGAUUUAGGUUUCACUGUAAACAAAAGUGGGAUUUGUUUUAUUUAUUUAAGCUUUUGUUAUCUCAUGAAUCCACUUACUCGUCAAAGCACUGUUUCAAAAACAAAGUAAAUCUAUCAGUUUCUUGGACAAGAACAAAAUAAACAUCAAUGUUUGCAAGCCACACAGUGAAUCAAGCUCCCCGAAAGUCUGAACAUGUUGGAAAUUACUUUAAUUUAUGUCUUUGUUGAGAACUUGGGUCACAUUUUAUAGCCAAGCCCAUCUUAUUACGAUUGGUUACAAAUGCAAGAAAGUUAUUUUUCAUGUUCUUUGUGAGUAUGUCAUCAGUUCAAUUAAAUGGCAGUUAAAUAUAAGAUGAUUAUCCACCUUUGUGUAAUUCUCUUUAGUGCCUGAUGCCUAUAAAUUAACCAAGCCAGUGUGUUUGUUUGGAAAUGCUGCCUUCUGUGAUUACUCACAUCAGAUAUUUCAUUGGGAAACGUUUGCUUACAAAUCAGGAAAUCCACAAUGAAAAAAAAAAAAGGAUGCCACUUGAAACCAAUCCUGGGUGUUUGUGGGAUCUGAUCCUGACACUGUAACCAUUUUAGGGAUAUCUUAAAAAAAUGUUUAGAUGAUUUUCAUUGCUUCAUAAUUAACUCCAACCACCUCCUGGUUUCAUUUCUGUGGCUGAAAACAUUUUUCAGCUGCAUUUAAUGUCAACAGAAGAUUAGUGGGUUUUUUGGUAUAAUGACGAAAACUAACAUAAUCACCAAUUUCCAAGCUGUUUGAGGUGCACUGUUUAUGCUUAUGGUAUUCUCUGUAUCUUUAGACUAACAAGAACAGCGAGUCUCUACACUCCUCUUUAGUGACUAUCAAGAAGUGCCAAACUGUUAAACUUGUAUGGAGAAUCCCAUUAUAUAAUGUAUGAAAUGUUACCAAGCACGACUCAAGUUUCUGCAAUUAUACUCCUGUGCUGCAUGGAGAUGGCUGAUAAGAUAUUCAUUGUGCUUCUGCUUUUUCAUAUGUGUAACCUUGGAACGCAUAUCAUUGUUGUUGAGCAUUUGUCCACUGUGUAACAACAUAUAAUCAGCGAAUACUGCCGUCGUCUUGGGAGACAGCAUUUGGCUUUACUGCAGACAGAAAACUUGAUGAGCAAGAAGUUGACAUGCAUUGUUAAAUUUACCUGGCUCACAUCUUCCAUGUUUUUUAGAUCAUACCAGUGAUUUAGCCCAUAUUCUACAAAUUGAUCAUUUUCUGCAGUAUUGUUCAAUUACUUUUCAGCUGUGUUUGCAGAUGGAAUUAAGAUGCAGGCAUCAUAAGGAUCCUAUUUUAAUUUCUUAAAGUUGAUAGUUUUAUCUGAUGGGCCCCAAAUUGUUUUUUGUCUGUUGAGACUUUGACUAAUAUGGCCAGAUAAAGGCUUUUCUUUUUUUAUGGUAACAUAUUAGCAUACACUUUCUAACACUCCACAUUAGCUAUCAUGUUCAACAAUGCCAACAUCAAAAAAUUGAUAAGAAAAAUUCCUUUUAAGCUUUCUGUUAAUCCACUUGAACAUCAUGCACAAGCAGUUUUUAGCCUUCAGGGAAUAACAGUUUUGCUUUGAGUUUAAAAUCUGUCUGUGAGCUAUUUUCAUUGUUCCAAAUAGAGGCAUCACAUAAAAACAAACUAAACUCGUUGUGAGAUACUGCACAUUUGACUGCAAAGUUUAAACAUGAAGAAAAAUAUAUUGUUUUAUAUUUUGUUUUAUGUUACACAAUGCUUAAAGCUUAAGCAUUUAUUCUAAUAUUAGACUGUAUUAUUGCAUCUUAACACUCUGUUGCACAGAGUUGAAUAUCUUGCAUCUGCUGUAAGAGCCUGAUCCAACCUAAACAAAAAUAGUCCUGUGUUAAUUUUUUAGAUCUGCAUCAAUCUACCAAAUUUAAUGGUAAAUUAUUUUGCUUACAGCAAUAUCAGUGACAGUGACAGAUCUGGUUACCGAUGUUGAAAUUCCUUCUUUUGAAAACAAAUAUAGUUGUAAUAAAGUAACAUUGACUCAUAAAAACACAAUUUUCACUUUUCCUAAAUAACUCUGUUUUAGUUAUCAUUUUAAAAUCAAUGUAUGCAGCUGUCUUAUAUAGACUGUUUCCUUUCUACCAAAGAUGUUCUAGUUCCAGUAGGAGUGUGUGCUCAGUCCUGCCUUAAUGCUAUUGGAAAAUAGCCUGCUUGAGUAAUACAGAUAAUGAAAAAGUGUGCUGAUCAUCGGUGAACUUUACUUAUCCUGUUGACCAUUACAUUAAUUACAGCACUUCACAAUGAAGGAAGCUUUCUGGAGACUGCAGCAUAGAUUAAUCAGUGAAACACAACAAACUACAGAUGUCUUGAACAGGAUUCCUGUUAGGGUCCCAAAUCUCUGUCGGGGUAUUUGUAGAUAGUGAGGCUUAAACUUGAUGACAUGGCAAUAAAUAUACCCAACACUUAAAGGUAUAGUGGAGGAUUUUGAAGAAUUUUUGAAAAGGCCCGCCCUCUCCGCUUUCAAAAAGAAAUGCACAUGCACAACUCUGUGACCGCUUCCGAGGGAACGCCUAUUAGACUCGUGCGAGAGCUUGCACAAGCCCAUUUCUCCUU